CAAGGAGGAGUAUCGUGUUUAGUGCAUAUUUGUUUUAUUUACUUUCAUGGAGAAGUGUAAAGGCAUGUUUUAUUAGUUUCUGCGAUGGAGGAAUUACUACAAGACAUAUUCAAAGAGGCCACCGGCCCGAAAUUGACAACGUUGAGGAAAUCAUGCCAAGAUGCGUUAGAAAUGCUUUGUAUCCAAGAGAGCAGCGCCCGCCGCCCGUCAUACGAGCUCCGGCGCGCGUGUUUACUUCCUUUACAAAUCGCGCUGGAGAGCAAGCGAACCAGACUCGUCACCUUUGCGCUCCAAGGCUUCCAUAAAAUUCUGCGCGAUGACAGGUUCCAUCGAGGAAUUGAACCCGAGGACGACUCCCUGUGGAUGCCGUCGCAACUACUCUGCGCCACCGCCUCGGUUAUGUAUCACUUGCCUGAUACUCAGGUGCAAAUAUUCCGGAUGUACCUCUCGCUGGCGCUGUCGCCGCGCCGCACGCUGAACGGGCGGCUGUGCGUGUGGGCGUGCGGCCGCUGCGGCGAGGCGGCGGGCGCGGCGCCGCACGUGGCCGCCGCCGCCCGCGCCGCCGCUGCGCAGGCGCUCAGAGCUUAUUGUGCGCAGUUAGAUGAAGAAUGUUUAGAGCUCCUGUCGGAAGGGUCGCCACUGGGGAGGAACCAUAUUGUAGCGGUGGGCUGCUACAGCGAAGUCAUACCGGUCAUACAGUACCUAUGCGGCAGGCUGUCCGAGGCGCAGUUGAUUCCAAAACAGAACCCGCUAGCGCUGUUCUUCCUGGACUGCUUGCUGACUCUGAUGUCGAGCCUCUCGGAGCGGGUCUCCGACAAUUCGCACUUCACAACGUUCCUCUGGCAAAAGUUCUGUCCCUCUUUGAUAUCGUUCCUUGGGACACCAAGAGUGGACAAGAAUAUAAAAUCGAGAGAACAUGAGGGUCACCUCGUAGACGAUUCAGGACGUGGCUCCGGAGCCUUAAGCAGCGCUCCCAGCUUCAAUAGCAAGCAAGCCAAAGCUAUAUACAGUAUCGCCAACCAGUUGGUUCGUCUUGUGGGGUCCACUUCCAACCUUCGGCCCGUGCUAGAAGCUCUGUACCACCGUAUGUUGCUGUACCCACCCGUGGCCCACAGAGUAGAGCCUCUGAGAAGCGCCAGAGAACUGCUUCAUAAUCCAAAGAGAUUGGCACAACUGGUUCUGUUGAAGAAGAUGGAUCAUCCUGAACGCCAUAGCGAUGAUAUGGCCAUCUUGAGGCUAAUAAUGGACGGCAUAGAAGAAUCCGGACGCAGUGGUAAUCCAGAAGUAGUAGCAGCGGCAGUAGAAUGCGUGGUAUCUCUGCUUGAUGCUCUAGAGAAACUCUGCAACGGAACAGUUGAGUACAUACCAGCUGAAACGGCCGCAUUGAUGAUGAAGCACUGGCCGAAUUUACAAGACGCGGAUUAUACAGGACCAUUGACAUAUCAGACUUUGGCUAGGCUGCCAAGCCCGUAUAGAGACGUUGUAGCUGUGUUACAAAGUUCUGAAACAAAAGAAGACUCUUCAGAUACAUCUGGACCAGAGAAUGUGAGUUCUGGCAGUGACGGUGAAGCUGAUUCGGAUGCCGACAACGUGUUCCUGCCUUCCAGGGCUAACAACCCUUCUUCCACUCCGGAGAAAAGAUCAACAAAUGACAAGACCAAAUCUGUACCGAAGACGUUAAAUUUGGGCAGGUGUACGAUUACUGAGUGCAAUGUGGACUUGGAGCGGCACAAUGCGAGACAAUUCAUCAAAAUCUUACAGAACUCCUUGAUACCGAAACUUCUCAACCUUAGGACUUGUAUUGAAGUCGACGAAGCAAUGCAAGAGUUCGCAUCGAAGUGUUGCCAACACAACGCGUGCCAGCCGCCCGCCACCGCCUGCAUCAUGAACGCGGACGGCGUGUACCUCGCCACGUACGCCGCUCUGCUGCUCACGUACAGGCAGAGAGCAGGCAACACUGCCACGCAGAAAACGCCAAUCGCACUGACUGAAGACGAAUUCGUCGAGGAAGUUCAAGGCAGUGGUGUUCUGGUAUACUUGUCUGCUACCUGGCUGCGAGAGUUGUACCAGCAAGUUCUGUCCAACGAUCUUCUGAGAGAUGUGCCGUCAGCUGAUCAUCCAUUGAUACAUUUGCUUUCUGAUCUCGGUGGUUUAGACCAAAGCCCGGUGAUGUCAGACUGGCAAAAACUCAAGGAAGUGUCGAUGCUGUACAACACCACGAACGACUCGCCGCAGCAUCAAGCCAGUCUGCGAUGGGCAAGAAGGAUCUUAACCUGUAUAUGGAACUCAAUGGUGAUGGUCCUGAGCGUCCCACUGACGGGAUUCAGGAACAAGAAGCAGAAACUGCACGGCAUCAUCUCCAAGAAGAUCAACACGUUCGGGAAGAGGAAGAGGAUCGCUUGGGAAGGGUUGACCAUACAAUGUCUUGAAGGGCUACACAAGGCUGCUAGAGUCAGUAACACCCUGAACUUGCAAAACCGCUGCAGCAGCAUCUUGGCGCUCCUCGCGAACUCCGCGAUCUCGCAGCCGCCGAACGGAAAGAUUUUGGCCACGCACGCCCUUUCCUUAGAUAUCCUGAUCACUGGCGGUCUAGAGCUCGGUUCAAAAGCGCCAGAAUGCUGGGAGCACAUUUUUGCCGCGUGUCAAUACGUAUCGAGUUUCGAACACUCGUUAUUCGGGCACCAAGGAAAUAACACCACGCCCAUAGUGACGAUGCAAACUGGAAGAAAUAAAACGGUUUCCAUUCUACAAGCUGAUGCCAAGUUGGGACUGGAUGGAAGAGAUGAUGAGACGUGCGUCGAUGUGUUCAAUUUUCUGCAACCAGUGUUGGAGAACAACCUGAACAAUGAUAUGUCGGUUCCGAAGAUUGUCGAGGCUUGUCGACAGGAAGGCGGCAACGUGAUCAGCGGCGCGGGCGCGGCGCGCGUGUGCUGCGCGCUGGCGGCGGCGUGCGACGCGCUGUUCGCGCGCCUGGCCGCCACCACCACGCUGCCCGCGCUGCGCGCCGCGCUGGCCCGCCUGCUGGCGCACCAGCGCUCUCUGUUAUUCACCACUUGGGACCAAGAUGUGGCCAACAAUAACGUGAGCUGGUGGAAGCGGAGCCGCAACAACGGAAGCAGUAACGGCGAAGCAGCGAGGGCCCUGUGUCGAGGCGGAGAUGUGGCCUUGCGAUGUCUGAGAGCCGCCAGACCCUUGGCGCAUCGGAUGUCUAUCUGGACUGUUGUAGGGCCUCAUCUGAUGCAGGCGGCGUGUCAUAAGGAUAUUCAAAUCUCCAGCUUGGCGAUUCAAUGUCUCCACGACUGCGCCACUACCCUCCUCAACCAACAGGUCGAACUGCCUCAUUUUCACUUCAAUGAAGCUUUGCUUAAACCGUUCGAGAACCUUCUAUGUCUAGAGUUGUGCGAUGAUGACAUACAGGAACAGAUUAUAUCCUGCAUCUGCGAGUUUGUGGAAACAAACAGAAUGGAAAUAAGAUCUGGUUGGAGACCACUAUUCAAUACUCUCCGAGCGGCCAACAAUUCUAACCAAUAUUCUGCAAUAUUGGAAAUAUUCAAAGUAUUUUUGAGUACUGACAAUACUUUGGUAUUUGCCAAUGCUGCUCUCGACUGUAUUUUAUGCUUGCUAAGUCACAUUAAAGGCCUUCAUUACGAAGAGGUUCCAGCAACUGAAGUUAAACCUAAAAAGGUUCCCUCAGCACAGCCUAAGCCAAGCCUGAGUCUGAAAUUCUCUAAAAAUAGCAAAUUUAUUCCAUUGAAUGAAGAAAAAUCAGAGAAAGUAAUGAUAGAUAUGUGUAAAGAGGCAUUGUUCCAUCUUGAAAAUUGUUCUGAUAUCCUAACAAUGAUGUACAAUAUGCCAAAAUGUCCAAUUUUUAACACUGGUAAUAGGAUCAAAGGCGAUCUGCCUCUAUCAGUAGUUGAUCCAAUAAUACCGAGUACAUCACUUGAUAUCACUAAAUACAUAACAAACGAAAAUUGUGAAGAGGAAGUAAUUUCUUACAGAAAACUGUCAACAAGUCUUCCCCAUUCCAGUACAACUAACAACUCUCUAUUAAAAUUAGACAGGCCAAGUAAUAUUCUUAAAGUAUGGUAUGUUCUAAUCGAAGGAUUGAUAUCAGCUACAGUAGUGUGUUCGAAGAAAAACCAGCCAGCUGCGAUGGAAACGUUAUUCAAGUUAUUAAGAAACAUUAUUGAAGUUCCUGGAACUCAUUUUGGGCUACACUGUAUAAAUCAUCUUCUUCUACCUACAGUUCAAAACUGGUUAAGACAAAUAGCAAACGUGAAUACCCAUUGGGAUACAGUCAUGCCUAAUUUUAAACAGUGUUGUGGCAUGACUACAGAUACUAUAGUAGUUUACAUACACCAUUUGCAGCAGAUAAAUAUGGAAAGGGCAUCACCAGAUGAAAAAAAUGACGAGAAAGAUGUUGAGCCUUUUGAAAGUGCUGAAGCUACUUUUGCUUUGAAACAAAUGAUGUUGAUCUUAGUAGAAUGUAUAGCUCAGCCUCAAGAACCGAUCGCCAGGCUGGGAGCCUCCUGUAUAAGACACAUUAUUCUAACUUCUGGACAUUUGUUAACGGACAACCAAUGGGAAAUAGUUUGCACAAGUCUUCAUAGAGCUUCCAAUGUUAGUUUGACGCCUCUUAAACAAUUGACAUUUGCUUUUAAAGAGAAUUCUAAUAGUUUCUACGGUGAUUUGGCUAUAGUAAAAGUAGCUGCAAGACGAGACUGUUCAGUCAAUGACAAUGUCAGGUUACAUGCUAUGGCGCAGCAAGUGUUCUUGACAGAACAUCUGAAAAUCGAGGGUCACUCAAAGUUAACUCCAAAAAAUUCAUCUCAGAUGCUUAUUGAUGAUAGAAGUUACAUCUUCCUUAUCUAUUUGCAAGAGUCUAUCAAUUCUCUCAACCCUGAUCUGUACACAAUCAGGAUUCCUCAUAGAGGGCUUGUGGUCGGGCUUUUAGCUCAUCAAAUUCUUGUUCAAAUAAUUGCAACAAUUCUUAUUCAAGCAUCGUCGGAUCUAUUCCAAGGAAUAAACAGUAUAUUACUGGAGAGUCUUAAAACUGGGAAUAAUACUUGCAACUACAAGUUUUUCUUGAAUACAAGUAAUACUGAAUUAUUGCUGAAAAGUCUAGAACUUUCAUAUACAAGAGCUAUGCAAUUUGAUUCCAGGCCGGGCUUAAAAUUUCUUGUUCAAAAGGUGUCUAAUCUAGAUAACGCAGCCAAUUUGUAUAAACAAACUACAUCAUCGUGGCUUAUAAAAAUUAUCGCGCUCACAGAAAUAUUUUUCACGGGCGUUCAUAAAUUUAAGUUAAAAGCUUCAGAUAUAACUAUUAUACUUCACAGUUACACUACAACGUUGAAUUUGACGCUUGAAUACGACAGGUUCGUGACGAAAAUAUUUGACCUUAAAAGCACGUGGGAGCUUUUAUGUAUUAAUUAUGUAAAGCAACUAAUUAAUGUGUCAGACUUUGAUGAUGAUGAAAAUAUAAAGCGCCGAAUAUCAUACAGUUCAAUUGAUACAGAUUCAUCCUCAAAUCAUUACGAUCAGCUCUAUGCUCAGGAGGAUGCCAUUCAAAAGGUAACUGAUGAGCCAAUAACUCCCACUAAGAGCGAAAACACAAAAACUGAUAUUGAAAGCGCGUAUGAUGCAAUGGAAAAGCCAAAACCAUUUACAUUUGCUGAUUUUAAGAAAAGCAGUCAAUCUACGCCCAGUAUUGAUCACGAUGAAGAUGAAACAUUACCACACAAAAACGAAACUGAAAGUUCAGAGGGGGCAAAUAUAGAAAUCGAACCAAAGAAAAUUAAUGAUUGUAUCGAAUCCAGUGAUAAUAUUCCAAAAAUCAAUAAUAUCAGUGAGAUAGUCAUAAAUAAAAAUGUAGAAGAAGAAAGGAAAGUAAGUGUAUCUAGUGCUUUGGAUAGCCACACGCAUGCACGUAAAGUCAAUAUAACCAUAUGUGAUGGUCCGACAUACGAUCGUAAAAGUAUUGAAACUUCAUCAUCUGUUAUUAUUCCACCACAACCGGUGCCACCGGAGAUAGAACAGCAAAGAACUUUAAGCAUAAAUAAGGACACAGAAGUACAACGACAUUGCUUCCAAAACAUAUUGAUGGCUUAUCUGGAAUUGGUGCUUACAUUCCCUUUAGACAGGUUCCAGCUAAUCCAGCCGGUCCUCCAAAGUGGCUUCAUCCACCUCGGAAAGACUGUAACAGACCCACAGUUGCUCGAUAGAAUUAAUAUAUUUUUCGAUAAGAAAAACUUAACCGAAUUUAAUUAUAACUAA